CUUAAUAUUUUUCCAUGUAUUUCUGGAAAAUUUCCGUUUAGAUUUUAGAAUUAUCCGGAAAAGUCUAAUUAUACAUCGCGGCGAUGGUCAAUAAAUAAAGAAACAGAAAUUUCCAGAAAACUAACUCUAACAAAACCCUAUAUAAAGAAUACCAUUUACUCUCCCAUAAAAAGGUUGAUCAAUAAUUGUAAAUUUAUCUAAUCAUCUGCCCACGGAAAGUUUUAUUCUCUAGGACACUGAAAAUCUUGAAUUUCGAAGGGAAGAAAGAGAAGUAAUGGAGUCAUACUCGUCGUAUUUCCAAUCGCAAUCUGGUUAUGGAACUUCUUGGAAUUUUGAUACUUUUAAGAACUUGGGUGAAAUUUCUCCCACCGUUCAAUCUCAUCUUAAACAGGUAUACUUUACGUUAUGCUGUGCUUUGGUCGCAUCGGUAGUUGGAACUUAUCUGCAUAUCCUUUGGAACAUUGGAGGUCUCUUGACAACUCUUGCUUGUUUGGGUUGUAUGGUCUGGCUGCUUUCUUCCCCUCCAUAUGAGGAGACAAAAAGGUGUAGGCUGUUGAUGGCUGCCGCUGUUUUUGAAGGAGCAUCGAUUGGUCCUUUGGUUGACUUGGCUAUUCAGAUUGAUUAUAGCAUUUUGGUUACUGGCUUUGUUGGUUGUGCGAUUGCAUUUGGCUGCUUUUCUGCAGUUGCCGUGUUUGCAAGGCGAAGGGAGUUUCUAUAUUUGGGGGCUUUGCUUUCAUCUGGUGUAUCAAUCCUCUUCUGGCUGCAGUUCGCCUCCAAUAUUUUUGGAGGCAGUGCAUCUCUUUUUAAGUUUGAGUUGUAUUUUGGCCUCUUGGUUUUUCUUGGGUACAUAGUCUUUGACACUCAGGAGAUUAUUGAGAAGGCUCACUUUGGAGACCUGGACUAUGUGAAACACGCUUUGACUCUCUUCACCGACUUUGUUGCUGUAUUUGUCAGGAUUCUAAUCAUCAUGCUUAAGAAUUCAAUGGAAAAUAAAGAGAAGAAGAGGAAGAGAAGAGAUUAAAUGUGCUUGGUCCAAAUCUCGUUAUUAUUUUAGUAUACAAGUCUUUUAGUCUGAAAGUUGGGUGCGCGCCUAUAGAUAUGUGGCGAAACACUGCAGCAAGCAUGCCUUAACUUGCACUAAAAUAUACCAUUUCGUUGUUUUUUCUGACAUUAGAAAAUGAAUGUUGUGCUUCUUAUGUUCACCUAUGUUUGGGUUCUGGAUGCUUGUUUCGCAUCAUUCUAUUUGAAUGUUGUGCUGCUGACCUGAAUUCAAAAAUAUAUUUAGGGUUUGCUUGAUUGGUUGACUUUGGAGCGGUUUCUACGCCAUUCCAAGUUUCAAUCUCACUUAACCUUAAGAUUCUAUA